AUAUGUAGCUCAGUGGUGUGGUAUUUCAGCAGCAGAGGUGCACGUGGGAAAUCACGAUACCAUUCAUGUGGAGCUUAAAGCGAAGUGAAGAAGGUUUCGAAGAUGAGAAACCUUACUACCUGACUGUUGGAGAACAUUUAGUUGGCAGAAAAGAUUGUCAAAUCCAAGUGGAAGGUGACCAAUCUGUCAGCAGGAAACAUGCUUGGAUCACUGUGUCCCAGAGUGGAACUGCUUCGGCACAGGUAUCAUUGAAAGAUGUUUCAAAGUUUGGGUGUUCAGUCAAUGGCACUAAAUGUCAAAAAUCAGUGGCUGUAGUUCUACACCAUAAUGAUAUAAUUACAUUUGGGACACAGAAUUGUUCAUACAGGUUGAGUUUUGACCCACUUGUGGUUUAUGCAUCAUGUUUGAACAGUGCUGUGAAGAAUAAUUUGAAGUCUCAGCUAAGCAAAUUAGGUGGUUAUUUGGUAAACGAAUGGCAAAAAGAAUGUUCUCAUCUUGUGAUGGAUUCACUCAGUUUCACAAUUAAGGUCAUUUAUGCUCUGGCGUCUUGUCACCCGAUUGUUACUCAAUCGUUUUUCGAUGAUCUGAUUCAAGCAAUUGACUCAAAGACUGAUAUGCCAUGUCCUGAAAAAUACAUGCCUCCAAUAAAGGAAGACCUCAUCGACACCAAAGUGGUCUCAUUCCAUCCUAAUGUUGCUAGAAAAUCUAUUUUUGUUGAAAAACUAUUUGUAUUUUUGGAGAAAAAACAGUACAAAAGGUUGGAGCAAGCAAUCUCAUUGGCUGGUGGCCAAUCGUUGCUGAAGGAGACUGGUGAUGUGUCUGGAGAGGAUGAUGAAAUAUUGACAGGUGAACACACUCUAGUGAUGUCUGUUGAUUGGAAGACAAAUGUCUCUGAAGAGAAACAAAUCUGGAUAGGUCAUGUUGGAGAUAUGUUGAAGAGUGUCAAUAGAAGACCAAUCGCAGAAACUGAAAUUGGUUUGGCCAUUCUUCAUGUAUCCUUGAACGAAUAUUGCAAUUCCAACAUAGACUGCGUUCCGAGAAUUACGAAGCAGAUUGUCUCAAAGAGCAUCAGCAGUAUGGAGGAAAUGUCACAACGGAUGAACGAAUCACAAAACAUCCUCGUGCACGAGUUUCCUGGAAAGAAACCGUUUCUGAUGAAAAAUGAAAAUUCCAAACCAAACACGAUCAUGGAGACUCCACUGGAUUCCAAAAAAAGAUCUCGCGAUAGCUCUGACGAGUCGAUACCCUUGGCUUUCGACACUCCACAGACCAGUCACGUCGAAAAUAAACGCAGGAAGUUCUCAUCCAGUGAUGUCACUCAUGUCUCUCAAUCGCCAGAGUCGCAGUUCAAAUCACCUGGAAUGCCGCUGAAAAAAAAAUCGCCAAAUCAAGACCAGUCAACUAAAAAAGCGCCUUUUACAACACCCAAGAAGAGCGUGGACGACAUAGAGGAUAUCUCGGAAAGUGAAGACGGUCAGAAACCAGCCCAACCAAGCCUUUGUUUGCAAGAAACACCAGCUGUUGGCCAAAAACGCAAAGCCAUUUCACAAAGCGUCGAUAUAACGCAUAUUUCUCAAAGCCAGGAGUCGCAACAUGAACGACUUGUCCCGUUCAGGAGUCCAGAUGAAAAGAAAUUCAGAUUGACUCGCUCUAAAGCUGAUAUAACACACGUCACUCAAACUCAGGCGUCCCAAGGCGAGGAUAAGCUUCGUGAUAGAAAUACGGUCGAUAUAACACAUAUCUCGCAAAGCCAGGAUGAGGUUGAAGAAUGUGGUGUUGGAAAAACCAUGAAACGAGAAUACGAUUUUAAUCGCUCUGGAGAAAACGGGAAUGUUGUGCUUGUCAAUAAAACUACCCCAGAUGUGGUAAAGAUUCAAGAAACGCCUUCUCCGGAAAUUAAUUUUACCUCAAAGAGACGGAAGAUAGCUUCGCCAUGUUUGACUCGUCCACACGACAACGAACGCUCAAUAAUCGGGGAGACACAACGUAGUCCAACCAGCGCAAGUCCUCCGCGUGUAGGACAACCCACACUCCAUGACUCUUUAUUUUCUCUUAAAAGAUCUCAAACUAGUUUGUCUGAUGAGGAUAAUAUUGUUCAGUCUCGUGUUAAGAAAGUGACAUCCAAGGAGGAGACUGCAAAUGAAGAAGAAAGUACUAAAGAACCAAGUGGAAAACGAGAACUAAAUGAAAAGAAGUUGCUAUCUGUGACAAAAAGUAAAAGGGUGUUACAUGAAAGCACUUCGGGAGUGCAGGAUUUAUCCGCUGUAAACUCCAGGAUUUCACCACCAGGGAGCGGUUGGAUGUCGAAGAGAUCUUUCAGUUUAAAAAAGGAAAAGUCAGAAAGUCACCUGAGUGAGUCCUCGACAAAUACCGGCCAUGAUGGAGUAGAGGAUUUAAGCCAAACAAAUUCAAGAAAAAACGCUGGUGUUGACACCCAAAGAGAAAAUCAAGGAUUUUUAUCAAAGUUGCAACAGCAAACGAACUCUGAAGAAGUUGUUGUCAAAUUGGAGAGGAGUGUUUCUUAUCCCAGCGAUCUCAUGUGUGUGGAACAUAUAGAGCUAGUGGUGGGCAAACGUGUUCCUCCCAAGGCACAAGUACCAGGAAAGAAAUUGAGUACAACUUUGAAGAACGUGAAGCGAUUCAAAAAGCAAAACAUCGCCGGAGAUGACCACGGCAUUCCGAAAAUUAUCGGUGGAAAUGAUCUUGUCGUGUUUUCCUCUCGGAAUGAACCAGGAGAAAAUUGGAUGUUGGAAGUUCAGUCAAUGAAUGAACAAGAUCUUGUGGAUAAAGAGGCUGAUAAACUCUUUCUGUACGAGGACAGCAAACGUCGGAAACGAAGAUAACCGCCCACUGCCGAUUCUGUUUGGUAAUCUAAACUCUGAAGGUAUUUUAGACAAUUCUGAAACAGCAAAUGCGUGAGCAAAAUGGAUUGAUGAACAGUUUAUGAUUGUUACAAAACAAUUAACAUAAUAUUAUAUGUGAGUUUUAUUAGGAUAUCUAUAUUCUAGAUAAAUCUUUUUUAAAUUACUGAACAGACCUUUUAAUAGUCCCUGAAAUAGUCUGUAAGUAACUUUGUUGAACAAGUGUUGGUAUUUAAAAAGACUAAGUAUCGUGGCAAAAUAUUACAUUAAAAAAUCACGCUUUGUGAACGUUCCUAUUCAGGUUAAUGAUGAGCAUGUAAAAGGUCUGAUUCCAUACAGUCGCUCACUUCGUGCAGUUUCAAAAGGAAUUUAACUGUGAUCGAAAUUGUCAAGCCGAAAACAAAAUCCUUCUUCCGUUGAGACCAGCAAAAUAUAGUAGGUUGCUGGUUCCGAGACAGAAGGGUAUAGUCAUAUAUCUAUUUUAAUUUGGCUUAUGCAAAUAUGUGGGCGAAAGGCUGUUGGAAAAUGACUUGAAAUUGACCUCUGAAACCUGACUGGAAGAUCGCGAAAAUUUAGAGAUCAAUAGCUAUUUUUAAAUCAUAAAAUUUUUGAGGUUGGGACUUGGGAUGAUAUCCGUGGAUUCUGAAUAUGGAAUUACCUAAAUCCACAAAUAUAAUCCUAGUUUUAAUCCUAAACCUGACCUUAUAAUUAACCUUAAAUAUUUGGAUUGAGGAUUAAAUUUGUGGAUUCUAGACA